CUUGGUAGUAGACCGAACCACACUGCUUCGUUUCGCGCCGUUACUUUUGUCUGUCUUUCCCUUCGUCCCUCAUACUCCACAUACCACACUUACUCUUCUCUCUGUUCCUCUGCUUCUCAGGACAAGGAUGCAAGCCACUACUGGAGUUGCAAUGAUGGGUUCUUUGCAACAACAGCCUGUUUGGACCAAGGGGAUGACUUUUCCUAAUAAAGGGCUCGGCAAUAAUGGAUGUUUAGCUCAGACGAAGUUCUAUAGUUUGAAGCCAUGCAAAGCAUCUCAUGUUGAAGGAACUGUACUUACUGGGACUCCAUCAUCUUUGUCCGUCUCUGUACCUGAAAUUGGAGGUGAUGGAAGCAAGUUUGUGGACUAUGGCUUGGGUGAAGCCGAUCAUGAGGUUCGUGCAAUUAUUGAUAAGGAAAAGGACCGACAAUUUAAAAGUUUAGAGCUUAUUGCCUCCGAGAAUUUUACUUCUAGAGCAGUAAUGGAAGCAGUUGGUUCAUGUCUCACUAACAAGUACUCCGAAGGACUACCGGGUAAAAGGUAUUAUGGUGGUAACGAGUACAUUGAUGAGCUUGAAAUCCUAUGUCAAGAAAGGGCUCUGACAGCAUUUCAUGUAGAUAGAGAGAAAUGGGGUGUAAAUGUUCAACCGUUGUCUGGUUCCCCUGCUAAUUUUGCAGUAUAUACUGCAAUUCUUAAACCACAUGAUAGAAUAAUGGGUUUGGACUUGCCUCAUGGGGGGCAUUUAUCACAUGGAUUUAUGACACCCAAGAGACGUGUAUCAGGAACAUCCAUUUAUUUUGAAUCUAUGCCUUAUCGACUUGAUGAAUCAACAGGUCUUAUUGAUUAUGAUAUGUUGGAGAAAACUGCAAACCUCUUCCGGCCAAAACUCAUAAUUGCUGGUGCCAGUGCUUACCCUCGAGACAUUGACUAUCCUCGCUUCAGAAAAAUUGCAGAUGAAGUAGGUGCUUUUCUCAUGAUGGAUAUGGCUCACAUAAGUGGGCUUGUUGCUGCAUCCGUGCUUGCUAGUCCCUUCGAGUUUUGUGAUAUUGUGACUACCACAACCCACAAGUCCUUGAGAGGUCCAAGAGGUGGUAUGAUAUUCUUCAAGAAAGAUCCUGUGCAUGGAGUCGAUCUGGAGUCUGCCAUAAACAAUGCUGUUUUUCCCGGUCUUCAGGGUGGUCCUCAUAACCACACAAUUGGAGGACUAGCAGUUUGCUUGAAGCAUGCUCAAUCUCAGGAAUUCAAAAAUUACCAAAACCAGGUACAAUACUUUUCAUCAUUAAUUAGAAUCGAUGCAAGGCGCUUCCUAAUGAUUGCACAUGUCUGCACCAUUGUGCAGGUGGUCUCUAACUGUAGAGCUCUUGCAAACCGGUUAAUUGAGCACGGAUAUAAACUGGUCUCUGGUGGUAGUGAUAAUCACCUGGUUCUUGUUGAUCUGAGACCAUCUGGUAUCGAUGGCGCACGAGUUGAGAAAAUUCUUGAUAUGGCUUCCAUAACCCUCAACAAGAAUUCAGUGCCCGGCGAUAAGAGCGCUCUAGUUCCCGGAGGCAUUCGCAUUGGAUCGCCGGCAAUGACAACAAGAGGACUCAGCGAGAAAGAGUUCACAUUGAUAGCUGACUUAAUUCAUGAGGGUGUCCAGAUAAGUCUUGAAGCCAAGAAGUUGGUGUCAGGGACAAAGCUGCAAGAUUUUAUGAAGUUUGUAACAUCUGCUGAGUUUCCCUUGGAAGAAAAGGUUGCAGAGUUGCGUGGUAGAGUUGAAGCUCUUACUACUAAGUAUCCAAUCCCAGGGGUCUAAGCCUGUGUACUUCAUUUUAGAAGCUGUUCAACAAUUUUUUAUAUAAUAAUUACAUGCUUCGUCUGUAUGUUACUGAUUUUAUUAAAUUACUUCUUUAAAUAAAAUACCUACCUACCUUGCAAAAA